AUGCUGUUCUUGCUGCUGGGGCCCAACUGUGCCACGCAGGUUGAAUUCUUCUCUCCGAUCGGCUCUGCAUUCUAUGUGACAUCUUGCUGUGUCAAGUCUGAUUACUCUAAUCUUCAACAGGCUUUCACAAUGACAAACUCUGCUUAGAAGCUGGGCUCCAGCAGCAUGAAAGCUGUCUUUGUGCGGAUUCUCUGGCAGCGUACAAGCUGGUCGUUAGGUGUAUAAGGGUAAAAAAAUGAAUUCUUUACAUGCCAGGAUAAGCCGUCAAAGAAAAACUUUUUUGCUUAUCAUCACUACUUUGAAGAUCUGGCCAUUGCUUUUUUGCUCUUCUUACUCUGCAUGUAAAUGGGAUUGCAUGAUGCUGCAUCUUGGUACCCUUUCCAGCACUGGAUACAAGAAGUGUCUGUCCACAUACGGUGGCAUGGACAGCAUGGCAGAAUAAUAAGGACCCAUUAAGCGACUCAUGUAGUACAACUUCUUUUCUCUCACACACAAACGCAUAUGCUACAAAAUCAAGGACAUUAAAACUGCUGCCGGGGGACAACACCGAACUCCUAAAAACAUGGGAGCAACUCAUGGGAAGAAGAAAGAAUACUCUCUUCAGUCUACAUGUCACAAGGAAAAUGGGAAACAUAUUAUCAACGGCUCAGCAUCUAUGUAUUCUGAAAUACAAAGAGAGAGGCCUGGUAUUGGUAAUAUCAUGGCUCAUCCAGACUAUUUUGAUGGGAACCCUGAUCUGAUCAAACCUAAAAAGCUGCUCAAUCCUGUGAGAGCCUCAAAAAGCCACCAAGAACUUCACAGAGAGCUCCUUAUGAAUCACAAAAGAGGAUUAGGAGUGGAAAGCAAACCAGAACUUCAGCGGGUGCUGGAGCAUCGGCGACGAAACCAGCUGAUACGACAGAAGAAAGAAGAAGAAGAGGCAAAAAAAUUAAAAUCUCCUUUUGAACAAGAGCUCUUGAAGAGGCAACAAAGGCUGGAACAGCUGGAAAGGGAACAAGAGAAGGAAGAAGAAAAUGAACCCGAAUUUAUUAAAGUGAAAGAAAACCUGAGGAGAACAUCGCUCCUUACUGGGACCGAGAAGGUUGCCUAAUAGGCAUCAGCUGAGACCAAAGUGUACAAGAACCUUCUGCUUCUUUGAAUACCUUCAUGCUGACAUCUUUGUAAACAGUGGCCGUUUGCAGUCUGUGUCAUUGGGGGCUACUUCCUGUUUAUUAAUGCUUGCUCCAAUAGAAAUCCCAAGAGGGGCAUUUACAUUGGGUAAAGAGUAACACCCAAAACAAACGUGCGGUAUUCUACCAGUAGAGUACGCAGAUGAGAAAAAGGUGAGGGAAGACAGACUGAGUUUUCUUUGCAAGAACUAGGACCAUGUCAAUGCCCUUUCUCCAUUGCUUAUGAUUAACCCUUGACCUAACCUUUUGAGAUUCGGCAUGUGUUCAGGAUGGAAGCAUUUGGGGAGUGGAACAUGCUACGCAAAUAGGGGUUUGUUAAAUGCCGCAAUUUCAAGUUUCAAAAUACUUGAAACACUGCUGGUAUCAAAAUCUCUAGUAUGCUAAUCUAACUGUUGGAAGAAGUUUGUUAGAAAACCAGUGAGGAUGGGGGGGAAGCAUCCGUCAGCAGGGAAAACACUAGCUAUGUUUUAAAGCACAUUUGUCUAUACUUGCAUGAUCUGUGCUGUAUCUACCACAACACCAUCCAGCCAAUGUUAUUGUUUCAAUAGACCACUGCAAGGUGGAGAAAACUUGGGAUGCUUCCCAAGUUUGUAGAGAAAAUUUUAAUGCCUGGACUCUGAAAUGAGGGGCAGGGAUAGGCUGAACAUGUGUCAGAAGAAAUGUCUAGGGGCUGCACAAAAGGGAGAAGAAAUCACACGUACUGAACAUUUAAACUGAUUCACUUGUGUGUGUGUUUUAAUGGCAAAGCCAGGAUUGUUAGAAGAAGCCAAGAGAAACUGGGAAAUUAGAUGGUAAACAGUGCAUGUGUGGAGGCCAAAAAAUCAUGAACAAAGGGUGGUUUGACACUGAAGCCCAUUGAGGCUUUGUUUUUACGCACAAUUGGUGGGGAAUUAAAGGAGAAAUUCCAGUGUUUUAAUAUAACAUUAUCUAGUGUUCUUCUAUGAAGCUAUACCUUUCCUCCUGGCCAAUAUCCAAAUAUAAUGUUUACUCACAACUAAAUCUUUUCCACUAAAGGUGCCGGCAGCUUCAAUUAAAAGUUUAUUUCUUGCAAUUUCAGCCCACAUUAUGAUUUUCUGUUUGUUCUGUCAAGGGAACUAGUAAUAAACUGAUCUGUUUAUUAGA